CACUCCGCGCCCACAACUCUCUAUAAAUUCCAUCAAUUCACUCAUUUUCACGGACCACUUCUACACCCCCACCCCCAAAAUCACACUCACAAUGUCAUCCAAAACCAAAUCGCCGGCGACGAACACCGUCGCCGGACUACUAAUUCUCCUAAUUCUGCUAUCGAACCGCCACCAUAACUGGACCGCUGCUGCUGCAACAUCCUCCAGCAGCAGCAGUCCAAUAAAGACGGUGGUGGUUCUGGUAAUGGAGAACAGAUCGUUCGACCACAUGUUAGGUUGGAUGAAGAAGCUGAAUCCAGAAAUCAAUGGCGUCGAUGGUUCAGAAUCGAAUCCGAUUUCAACAUCGGAUCCGAAAUCCCGUCGGAUUUUCUUCGGAGAUCAAUCUCAUUACGUCGAUCCUGAUCCUGGACAUUCAUUUCAAGCCAUACGUGAACAGAUUUUUGGAUCAAAUGAAAGUUCGAAAAAACCAGCACCAAUGAAUGGAUUUGCUCAACAAGCUCUUUCAAUGGAUCCUAAUAUGCCUGAUCAAGUCAUGAAUGGCUUCCAGCCUGAAAUGGUGUCAGUAUACAAAACGCUGGUAUCGGAAUUUGCGGUGUUCGACCGGUGGUUUGCGUCGGUGCCGGCGUCGACUCAGCCGAAUCGUCUCUACGUUCACUCCGGCACAUCUCACGGCGCCACCUCAAACAUCGCGUCGCUGUUAGCUAAAGGUUACCCACAGAGAACGAUCUUCGAGAAUCUCGACGACGCCGGAGUAAAUUUUGGAAUCUAUUAUCAGAAUAUUCCGGCGACUCUGUUUUACCUGAAUUUGAGAAAGCUUAAGUACGUCGGAAAAUUCCAUCCUUAUGAUCUCACAUUCAAAAGUGAUGCUAAAUCAGGAAAGCUACCAGGGUAUGUUGUGGUGGAGCAGCGAUACAUGGACUCAAAAUUAAUUCCAGCUAACGAUGAUCAUCCAUCACACGAUGUUUAUCAAGGACAAAUGUUCGUAAAGGAGGUAUACGAAACUCUAAGGGCAAGCCCACAGUGGAACCAAACCCUUUUCGUGAUUACCUACGAUGAGCACGGUGGGUUCUUCGAUCACGUCCCUACACCUGUCACCGGGGUCCCUAGCCCGGAUGGAAUCGUAGGACCCGACCCGUUUGAUUUCAAGUUCAAUAGAUUGGGGGUUCGAGUUCCUACUAUUAUGAUCUCUCCUUGGAUUGAAAAAGGCACAGUUGUUCAUGGUCCUAAUGGCUCUCCGUUUCCGACGUCGGAAUAUGAACAUUCAUCAAUUCCAGCAACAGUGAAGAAGAUCUUUGAUUUGCCAUCACCUUUUCUUACUAAAAGAGAUGCAUGGGCUGGCACUUUUGAACACAUUCUACAUAUUAGAAAGGAGCCUAGAACUGAUUGCCCUGAGAAACUUCCAACUCCAACAAAGAUAAGACAGGGAGAUGCAAAUGAAGAUAAAAACAUAAGUGAAUUCCAGGAAGAACUAGUGCAACUCGCCGCGGUUCUAAAAGGAGAUCAUCUCCUAACAAGUUAUCCAGAAAAGAUAGGCAAAGGAAUGACUGUAAGAGAAGGGAAAGCUUAUAUGGAAGAUGCGGUUAAACGCUUCUUUGAAGCUGGAUUAGCUGCCAAGAAAAUUGGUGUUGAUGAAGAACAAAUUAUACAAAUGAGGCCUUCACUCACUACAAGAUCAUCAUCUACUAAUAUGCACCCUUAAGAUAUAUGUAAUCAAAUGAAAUAAUGUACAAAUAUAUCAUACUCAAAUAUGGUAUUAUUGAAGCCAUAUUAUGAUGUAAUUAUAUGGUUCAAUGGUGCAUUAUAAUCGAAAUUAUUUGAGCUCGAUCA